CUUGAAUGAAUUAACUGCGGGCGCUUUUUAAACUUACUCCCUUGACUCCCUUGGGAAUUGGCGCUGUACUCCCUUGGCUGGCGCCAGGCACUAAUAAACCUAAUAUGUCGUCGUAUUUGUGGUUGUUAUGUCUAGUAACUGCACGUAGUAGAAUCCUGCGCCCUAGUAGUAUUAACUUUCUUGUGGCAGUUUUCUUUUGGUUUUGCACCCUAGAAGUAAAUACCCCCUGAGGCAUUUCCAAAUUCAAAACCCUGAUGAAUUCGAGUUAGUUGUUGAGCAUAGUAUUAGUAGGUUUGACGAGGAAAAUACCAGCCCGGUUCUUUUGUCGCGAACGAACGAACCCGCGUGGUUGUAUUGCUUGUAAACCAAAAGGGCGAUAAAUUUGUAUUGGAGCUCGCAAUAAACACAACGCUUUGAUGCUGCACGCUUUUACUGUGUACGACCACCUGGAAAGUGAAUUCAAUAGAUAAACCGAAACUAUGUCAGAGGAAUGCGAAGAGCGUGUGGUGACCCACACGAUAAAGGAGGAGGAUGAUUCCACCACGUUUCUUUACGUCAUGAUGGUCCUGCUCCUGAUCUUCUGCGCCGUCGCCGUUUCCUACGCCUACCAUCUCCACGUCAAGGGGCAGAACAAACCCUCGCCGUUCGAGGGACUAGUGGACGCAAUUAAGAAGCUAUGCAGCGGUAUGAUUUUUUUUCAUUUUUGGAUAUUCGGAGUCGUUUGAUGUGAAAAACAAUAAACAUAGAGAGUGGAAAGAUGCUAGCUGCCAGCAACUAGUAGUACAACCACUUCAAUCAACACAACAGCUGGUGGGAGAAAGCCGGCGGGUGCGAACAAGAAGGGAAAGAAAGACGAGCAGCAAGGAGAAUGGAGCCAAGCGGACUGGGACGCAAUGUUCGCCGGCAUGUAUGGCGACCCUAGCCAAUGGGACGCCGGCACACAGGGAGGGCAAUCGGGAGCAGAUCAAGGGAAGGGCGGCCAAUUAGCACUGCAGGACGACUACUCACAAUAUCCUGGAAGUGGCGGCAGUGCCUCGUCAGGGGGCCCUGGAAGCUGGGAUGGCGGUAUAAGAAUUUUACGUAGUCGUAGAACUCGAUACAAUUGGUUGUAAAUCAAAGAAACAAAAAUGCCGUGCUUAAAAGCUGCAUCAUGUCUCCAAGUCGAGCUCUUCUGUCGGAGGUGUAAUACCUAGCAUCUCCACCUUCCCAGGUGCAGGUGCUCGUCUGAUGUGAAUGAUCAUGUAUGAAAACCGUCGAUUUUAUUUUCAGGCGCAGACGACGCCGCUUGGGGCGCUCCUGUAGCACCACCAACAAAACCAAAGCCCGGCAAGGGUUCGAAAGGAGGUGCACACCAGCAGGUGCCUAAGAAGCCAAAGGCGCUGCCCUCCAUGAAAGGCGGAAAGAGCAGCACGGGAAAAGCAAGCAAAGCACAACCGGCGCCAUCGCAGUACGGUUAUGGGCAACAGGAUCAGUGGGACGGCGGAUCGGGCUACGGCUACUGAUAACAUCUCUCUACUUGCUUGAUAAAGUCAAAAGAUUAAGAUUGAUAUACUAGGCAGUCGCUUUUGUUCCAUAUUGCUUUUCAUUAGAAAGUUGUAAAUGCGCUUCUUGGAUCUGAUUUAUCCCCCCAUGAGCCCCCACACCCCCCAUAAUCGUAGUUUCCAUCAAGAAAAAAUAAAUAAAAAAUUGCGGUAAGUAACUUUUUCGACCUCUUUACGCCACUCCCACUACAAACCUCAAUCGUACUGAAGCUCUAGUCUGGGACAACGAUGCUAAGAUACAUACAAACCCGACCUGUUUCGCGUGCUGAGUCAAACAAUGUAAAAUAGCCCACGCUUUUUUUUCUGAUGUAUCUGCUCAACCACGGCUCUGAUUACUUUUGGCGC